GUGUUGUGGAACUUGUGGAUAUGUCAGUGUUUUGAUGGCGUUUUUGGUGAUAUUUUUCUCAGCUCGCAAAAUUAUAGCUUUUUCAGCAAAAAUAGCCAAGUGCUUGAGUUAAAACCGGCCCUAAGUGAUGGGCAAGUGCAUGGUGGUGUGAUAUAAGGUGUGAAAAUUAUGCAAAAUAGUGGACAAAUUGGUGUUUUAGUGUGGUGAAGAUAAGCCUUUAGCGGACGUCGACGAAUGCAGAAAAGAAAUGGCAGCAGCACUUCUCAGCUCAGAUAUUUCCCGACGAAAUCCCCAGAAUGAGUAUGAGUUGAUCCAGAAGAUUGGCUCCGGAACGUAUGGGGAUGUGUACAAGGCGAAACGUCUGCAAAGCAAUGACCUUGCUGCCAUUAAAGUCAUCAAGUUGGAGCCCGGCGAUGACAUCCAAAUUAUUCAGCAGGAGAUCAUCAUGAUGCGAGAUUGUCGGCAUCCCAAUAUCAUUGCGUACUAUGGGAGCUACCUGCGGCGAGAUAAACUGUGGAUUUGCAUGGAAUAUUGUGGGGGAGGGAGUCUCCAGGAUAUUUAUCAAGUGACAGGUCCGCUGACGGAACAGCAGAUCGCCUACAUGUGCCGGGAGACUCUCAAGGGUCUAGCUUAUUUGCAUUCCCGCGGGAAGAUGCAUCGAGACAUCAAGGGAGCAAAUAUUCUUCUGACCGAGAGUGGAGAUGUCAAAUUGGCCGAUUUUGGUGUUUCAGCACAAAUUACGGCCACAAUCAACAAGAGACGCAGCUUUAUUGGUACUCCAUACUGGAUGGCCCCUGAAGUGGCCGCCGUGGAGCGAAAAGGUGGUUACAAUCAACUCUGUGAUAUUUGGGCAUGUGGUAUAACAGCUAUUGAAUUAGCUGAACUACAGCCGCCGAUGUUUGAUUUGCAUCCGAUGCGAGCGUUAUUUUUGAUGUCCAAGAGUGGCUUUAAGCCACCAACACUGAAGGAGAAGGAAAAGUGGUCUCCAACUUUUCAUUCCUUUAUUAAGACAGCACUGACGAAGAAUCCUAAGAAAAGGCCAACAGCUGAGCGUCUGCUGCAGCAUCAGUUUGUUGAGAGUGAAAUGCCCCUGAGAGUGGCUCAGGAACUUCUGCAGAAAUAUUACAGUCCCAAUCAGUUCUAUUUCUAUUCGGAUGGAGAUGAGGAGGGAGCUGUGGCGAAUGUUCCGCAGCGAAUUGCCAGCAAAAUGACAUCAAGAUCCAAUGGUAUUGCAGGUGGACAGAAUCAUACACUUAAAGCUACUCCACCAACUCAAUGGAAUGCAGAUCGCUCAUCGAGUCCUGAAACGUUACCAAGUGAUAUGAGUCUAUUGCAAUAUAUUGAUGAGGAACUGAAAUUAAGAGCGACUCUCCCGUUGAUGGACACGAAAGAUGGACUGGCAGGUGAAUGUGCAUGCUCUCAUGCAAUUGCAUCGAGUAAUCACAAUGGUGGGGCUCAGGGAAUGUCGGCGCAGAUACUGGCUCCUCUCAGGGAGACUGCUCUCGUGGGAUCUGACGAUUGUGGGGACCAGAAGGUGAUUUGUCGUGGGGAGACGAAUCAGAAUGGUGCUGUGGAGAGUCCGAGGAGGCACAGUUCGAUGGAUCAACUUGUGGGAUUGCUCAAUGAGAUGGGUGUUUCAUCGGGUAGGCAUAGGAGUUUGAGUGAUAGUGGUGGAGCUGCUGAAGAGGAAGAAGAUCGUCCUGAAGCUGCCCAGCCAGAUUUACUCAAUAACACUCCUCCAGUACCCCCAAAACGCUCCCAUCGUCGGAGACAUACACCUCCCAGGCCUACAUCGAAUGGCCUACCACCUACACCAAAAGUUCAUAUGGGCGCCUGCUUCAGCAAAAUCUUCAACGGAUGUCCUCUGAGUAUAAACUGCACAGCUUCGUGGAUUCAUCCGGAAACAAGGGAUCAACAUUUGUUGAUUGGAGCUGAAGAGGGCAUCUUCAAUCUCAACAUGAAUGAAUUGCACGAUGCAGUGAUCGAUCAGGUUUUUCCCAGGCGCACCACGUGGCUCUAUGUGAUCAAAGAUGUGCUCAUGUCACUGUCUGGAAAGAGCUCUCAGCUCUACAGGCAUGACCUCAUAGCCCUACACUCGAAACAGACGCACAGGUUCUCGUUGCACAUGAACAGAAUACCUGAGAAACUUGUACCCAGAAAGUUUGCUCUGACCACAAAGGUGCCGGACACCAAAGGAUGUACGCAGUGUUGUGUCACGAGGAAUCCCUACAAUGGCUACAAAUACCUUUGUGGGGCUCAACCAUCUGGUAUCUUCCUGAUGCAGUGGUACGAUCCUCUAAAUAAAUUCAUGCUGCUGAAGCAGUGCGAGUGGCCAUCGAUUGGAGGUACAGUGCCUCCUCAUACACCUGUCUUUGAAAUGUUGAUAACGCCCGAGUUAGAGUACCCGCUCGUGUGUGUGGCCAUUAAAAAGGCCAUCGGGAUGACGCAUAGUACCGUCAAGCUGGACUUGAUUAAUAUGAACAGCGGUGCCAGUUGGUUCCACUCGGAUGAGCUGGAAUGCGAUGGAACGGCCACAAUGGUACCCAGAAGGGAACCGUUGAAGGUCGUGAAGGUGCACCAGCUGGAGAAGGAUACAAUUCUCGUGUGUCAUGGCAACACAAUUCACAUUGUCACAAUGAAUGGGAUGCAGAAGCAGAGCAAGAAACUCGUGUCACAACUCAAAUUUGACUUUAACAUCGAAAGUGUUGUUUGCCUGAACGACAGUGUCUUAGCAUUCCAUAAGCAUGGAAUGCAGGGAAGAUCUCUGAGGAAUGGCGAGAUAACUCAGGAGAUCACCGACAUGAGUCGCACAUAUCGGCUUUUAGGGAGCGAUAAAGUUGUUGCGCUGGAGAGUCAAUUACUGCGUACUGGAUCUCUUGGAAGUGAAGAGGGACAUGAUUUGUAUAUUUUAGCCGGACAUGAGGCCAGCUAUUGAAAGACAAAGGCAUGCAAUAACAUUCUUUCAUACCGUUUACAUCUUUAAAAUAAAAAAAUCACUGUUUUUUUUAAUUCAGACGCGAGGAGUAAGUGUAUUUAGUAAGUUUCUAAUUAUUCCCAAAAAAAAAAUGUGGAAUUGCAAUUUAUUGAUAAAAGCACACAGAGAAAAUUUUAGAAAAAAAUUUAUUGACUUUGCUAAAAGAGCAAAAAGAAAGCCACAAUUUUCAGAAAGUUUCACUUUGAAAAUAAUGUUGUCAAAUUUGUAAAUAGUUCUUGAUAAAUGCGUAGAUUAAAUGUGAGAAAUGUGAGGAGUUUAAUAUGAGA